AUCAUACGUUGUAAUAUUGUUUUCAUUUUCUCUGAUGUUAGAUUCUACUGUCAUCGUUACAGAAGUUGAGCAAGAAUGCAUGUUUUCUAUUACCUUUUUUUUCAUUCGCGUUACACUAGUUUCUCGUAAAUUUAAUUAAAUCCGGAUAACUUAUCCAAUGUUCUUUAGACUAUAGCUUCACGAACAUGCAAUUAUAUAUCCUAGCAGCUGCAGACUAUUAACAAAAGAAUACAGUCAGUCUCGUAUCAAAAGAAUUUAAAUGGUUCUCCUUCAUGUUACAACAUAAAUUAAAAUGGAAAGCUUUUUUAAAAAAGAAUCGAUGGUUAGCUGAUUUAUACCGAGCAACCAAAAGUAUUGAGCAAGCGAAACAAGAAUGGAAAUGGAUCAGUCAGGAAUUACGAGAACUUCAUCCAAAAGACAGUAAACUGCAGAUUCAACGAAAAAUUAUACAAGCCUGCAAAUUACGCGGUCGUAAGUACCCAUUGCAGUAUAUUUUACGAACACAACCCUUUGGUUCUUUAGACAUUCAGUGCAGACCGGGAGUUUUAAUUCCCCGGUGGGAAACGGAAGAAUGGAUAGAAAGAACGAUUCCCUUGUUGAAUUCAAUACCAGUUCCAAAUCCCAUACGCAUUAUGGAUUUGUGUGCAGGGUCCGGCUGCAUUAGCUGCUUCGUUUCAUCAUCUCUCAAGCGUCCUCAUCAUCUCCACGUUGUCGAUAUUUCCUCGAAAGCGCUUAACAUAGCAGCCAGAAACCUCCGUGCUUGCAAGAACGAUAGCUCUACGCUGGACACUCAACUACACAAAGUUAAUGUUUUAUCUGCACAAGAAGCAAUGCUCGGUUUGUUGAGAGAAUGUCAUGUUGUUUUAUGCAACCCGCCAUACAUAUCGUCAACUGAGUUUCAUACCACUACAGAACAAAGUGUGAAAAGGUAUGAGCCAAGGCUUGCGCUUGUAGCUCAAGAGGAAGGUAACCAAUUUUAUAAAGUCAUUGCGGCUUACGUGUUUAAACUGUUGAAGGACCCAUGCCUUAACAAGAAUGCCUUGAGAUAUCUCGUGUUUGAAGUUGGUUCUACUAAACAAGCCAACUUUGUCAAGGAGUUGUUUUCGGGCAGCUUCUUUGAUGCUACCAUUUGGAAAGAUUCUGCGAACCUGGACCGCACAAUAGUUGUUCAGCGAAAGGGAAUUCAAACCAAAAGCAUGGAUGAAAAUCCAUAGAAGGGUUGGUUUAUACUCAUGUAUAUUUAUUUUUCAUAAUACCAGGCAAUGUUCUCUACUAUGAACAUUCGACAAGUACAGGCAAGCAAUAAUUUUGUAAUGCGCAGAAGGGCAACGAAAAAUCAAUUAAAACUUUGCAUUUCUAUGGGAUAUUAAGACUAUUUUGGAACAAAAAAGAGAAACAGACCAAAAAGAAGAUUAUGAAAUUAGAAUUAUAAGUACCGGUAGAUGUCUAAUU